AGAGCUACAGCCUCCCGCAUUAUGAUGCUAAUGCAGCUAAGAAUCUUUCUCAACGCUAAGCAUAGCAUUGUUCGUGUCCUGGAGUUGAUUAUCGAACGAUUUCUUCAUUUGAAAGACGAUGUUAUUGGUUACUUGAGCUUUCUUUUUCUGUCCAUCGACUUUGGGUAUUGUCUAUGCUGUGAUGGUUAUUGUGGUCGUUUUGGAAAUAGGUGUGGAUGUGGCGAGUAUUGCUGCGAUUUCUUUUAUGCUUCAACAGACAUGACAGACAUCAAAAUCCAGACUUUCAACGCUCACAACAACUAUCGAACGCUACACGGAUGUCCCCCCUUGGCGAUGAGUGAAGAGUUGAGCAGUAUUGCACAGUCUUGGGCCGACAAAAUAGCAGAAAAAGGAUUCCUACAGUACAGCGAAAAUCCAGGCUUAGGUGAAAAUAUCUCCCUUGUUGAUAUUGAUCCCGCUGCAAGGAAAGGUGAACAGAUUGUCAAGGAAUGGUACAAAGAAAUCAACAACUACAAUUACAAUAAACCAGGGUGGAAAAGAGGUGCUUAUCGUUUUUCCCAACUGUUGUGGAAAAGCACUACCGAGAUUGGUAUCGGCGUUGCUAGAAUUCCUGGUCUGAAGAAAGCCUAUGUCGUAGUCAACUACAGGCCAGCUGGCAACAACAACAUGCCCGGAGAAUUCGAACGCAAUGUGCUGCCCCCGCAGAAGAAAGGGGUCAUCGGUGACGACAAUGCAAACAUCCGCAAGAACAUGGUCAGGCGAUGAUCUGCCACUUCUGCAAAAAGAACUUGAGUUAUUCUCUUCAAAGUUAGAGAAUAGAACUAUUCUUGACGUAAAAUUGGAACGUUGACAAAUGCUAGUAACCGAAUCGUUUUCAUUUCAAAAGACUCUGGUUUUAGAAGCAUUAAAAGUUUAUUUGAGAACUUUCUUUGAAAAUUCAGUUCAAUGAGUUUCAUAGGUUCGGCAAUAGAUGCUUAAAAGUGAGACUGCGUCUGCACUAAGCAUUUAGUUUUGGCCUAAGUUUCGAAAUUGUAUUGUAAAUAUGUGUUUUAGCUGUGAAAGAAUUAUGUUCGUUUUAUUUGUUUAUUGCAUAGACUUCCCAAAGAGAUCUCCCCUCAUUCGAUAAAAUUGUACAUUUUAGACAUGGAGACUAUGUAUUUGUAAAUGUAAUUUUUAAAAUUGUAAGAUAAAAAUAAAACUUUACUUUUUGUAA